AUGGACCUAUCACUAGUCCUAAACACAUUCAUACUCCUAACCCUAGCAACCCUCUUCACCCCCAUCCUAUUUCCUCUCCUAUCCAACAACCUCAAAAACACCCCCAUCACCAUCACAAACACAGUUAAAACUUCCUUCCUAAUCAGCCUAAUCCCAAUAACAAUUUACAUCCACUCAGGGACAGAAAGCCUAACCACUGUCUGAGAAUGAAAAUACAUCAUAAACUUUAAAAUUCCCGUAAGCCUAAAAAUAGACUUCUACUCACUAACCUUCUUCCCCAUCGCACUAUUCGUAUCAUGAUCCAUCCUACAAUUCGCAACAUGAUACAUAGCCUCAGAUCCGUAUAUCACAAAAUUCUUUACUUACCUACUAUUUUUCCUAAUCGCAAUACUCAUCCUAAUUAUCGCCAACAACCUAUUCGUACUGUUCAUUGGCUGAGAAGGAGUCGGAAUUAUAUCCUUCCUCCUAAUCAGCUGAUGAUACGGACGAGCAGAAGCCAACACCGCCGCUCUCCAAGCCGUACUGUACAACCGAGUCGGAGACAUCGGCCUCAUCCUCUGCAUAGCAUGACUAGCAUCUACCAUAAACACCUGAGAAAUCCAUCAACUCUCCUCCCCAAACCAAACCCCAACCCUCCCACUACUAGGCCUAAUCCUAGCUGCAACUGGCAAAUCAGCCCAAUUUGGAUUACACCCCUGACUCCCAGCUGCCAUAGAAGGGCCAACUCCCGUAUCCGCACUCCUACACUCCAGCACAAUAGUAGUAGCAGGAAUUUUCCUACUUAUCCGAACCUACCCACUAUUCCACAACAACCAAACCGCCCUAACCCUAUGCCUAUGUUUAGGCGCAUUAUCAACACUAUUCGCAGCUACAUGUGCUCUAACACAAAACGACAUUAAAAAAAUCAUUGCCUUCUCCACCUCCAGCCAAUUAGGCCUUAUAAUAGUCACAAUCGGACUAAACCUCCCCGAACUAGCUUUCCUACACAUCUCAACCCAUGCAUUCUUCAAAGCUAUGCUCUUCCUAUGUUCCGGUUCCAUCAUUCACAGCCUAAACGGAGAGCAGGACAUCCGAAAAAUAGGAGGACUCCAAAAAAUACUCCCCACAACCACUUCAUGCCUCACCAUCGGCAACCUCGCCCUAAUAGGGACCCCAUUCCUAGCAGGAUUCUAUUCAAAAGACCAAAUCAUCGAGAGCUUAAGCACAUCAUACCUAAACGCUUGAGCCCUCCUCCUAACCCUACUAGCCACCUCCUUCACUGCAGUAUAUACAAUCCGUAUAACCGUACUAGUACAGACCGGCUUCGUUCGGAUUCCUCCCUUAACCCCUAUAAAUGAAAACAACCCAGCAGUGACCUCCCCCAUUACUCGCCUUGCAUUAGGAAGCAUUAUAGCAGGAUUCCUAAUCACCUCCUUCAUCAUCCCCACAAAAACCCCUCCAAUGACAAUACCUCUAUCCAUCAAAAUGACAGCCCUAGCAGUCACCGCCCUAGGCAUUGCUUUAGCCCUAGAAAUCUCAAAAAUAGCCCAAACCCUCAUUCUAACAAAACAGACCACCCUCUCAAAUUUCUCUGUAUCCUUAGGAUAUUUCAACCCUCUAGCACACCGCCUCAGCAUAACCAAAAUCCUAAGCGGAGGACAAAACAUCGCCUCCCAUUUAAUCGACCUCUCCUGAUACAAAGUAUUCGGCCCAGAAGGACUAGCUAACCUACAACAAACAGCAGCCAAAACUGCCACCACCCUCCACACCGGCCUAAUCAAAGCCUACCUGGGAGCAUUCGCUCUAUCUAUCCUCAUUAUACUUAUAUCUACAUACAGA